AUGUUUCUUUUAUGCAUUUUUUUCCUAAUUAUAACUGAUCGAUUCCAUUUAAGACCUAUUCUGUUUCCCUUUCAUUGUUCUUAUCUUUCUUUUUCUCCACCUCUCUCAUUUUAUUAUCAUAACUUCAAUAUAUCUUCUUUCUUUUCUCCUGUUGCUUUCUCUAUUGUUCUCCAGUCCUCUCUCUUUGACUCCCUCCCUCACUUUAUUUCUCUCUGUUUCUUUCUCUUAACUGUUGUUGUACUUUUUAUCACUUCGACUAUCUUUUCAAUGGUUGUUUUUGUAGUUCUCUUUCUAUAUCUUGCACUGAAACACUUCCUACCUCUUUUUCUCAAUCUCUUUAUCUCUUUCUUUCUCCAAAUCGUCCGCCCAACCCUUCCUUUCACUGACCUGCUUUCACUUCAAUAUUUGGGUAUUGUUUUGUUUCUCCUCUUCUUUUUCAUUUGUAUCCUACUCUCUCCUACUCCCUCUUUCUCCCUCUCUUUCUAUCUCCCACUCUCUUUCUUCUCUUAUUUACUUUUUUCAAAUUUUCCUUUUUCCUUAUGUCCUGCUUGCACUCUCACUGUAUUUUCUCUUUUCUUAAUUGUUCUAUCAAGAGCUGAGCCUUUUGUGUUUUUCUUUCUCUUCUUCUUUCAUCGCUUUCACCCCUUCUCCUUCGUUCUCUCCUUCCCAGCCUCUUUCUCUCUCUCCCCCUAUCUAUCUAUCUAUCUAUCUAUCUAUCUAUCUAUCUCUAUUUCUCCGUUAUCGCUUUCCUUUCUUGGCCACAUUGAUUUGCUUCGGCAAGUUUUGUUUUCUUUCUCUUACAGUUUUCCCUUCUCCCCAUCUUUAAUUCUAAUCCCCAAGUUGUGUAUAAUUGCAUUUUUCAAAUGCUUUUCUUAA